AUGUCUGAUAAUGAUAGUGAAAUUAUUUCCACUAAGCAUAAUCCAAACAUUACUCAACAAGAAUUGGCAGAUAAAUUUGAAAUCGAAAACUAUUUAACAAUUACAGGAUUAAUUUUACAAGAAAAGGCCAAACAGGUUGCAGCGACUUUAAAAAUUCAAAAUUUUGCUGCAUCUGAUGAAGCUGCUAGUGCCUCUAUUGAAAAAUUACCUGAAUUUCAUCUAUCUUUACAAAAUGAAACAUCAAAUUAUGAUUUAGUAGAUAUUUAUAAUU